GCCGCCUCUGUCAACAUGUCCUGCAAGAUGCGCGGCUGCGACAUGCCGGCGUUGGCGGCCACCCGCCCUGUGAUUUGCGAGGAGUGCUACAUGGACUGUGUCGCCGCCUCCGGCAACUACCCAGGCUGCAAGGAGGCCUACUCCGUCGGCAACGACACCGACGACUCCGUCGACGAGGACGACGACGACGCCAUCUCCUUGUCGGAGGAGAGGGACCAGAUGCCCAUGACAUCCAUGUCCAAGCGCUUCUCCAUGGUGCACUCCAUCAAGAUGCCCAUGCCCAGCAGCAACGGCAAGCCGGCUGACUUCGACCACGCCCGGUGGCUCUUCGAGACCAAGGGCACCUACAGCUACGGCAACGCUCUAUGGCCCGAGAACGAGCACGGCGGCGGCGGCAACAGCGCUGCGGCCACCUCCAGAUUCGUCGGCAUCGAGGAGCCGCCCAACUUCGGUGCCCGCUGCUGCCGGCCCCUGACGAGGAAGACCAACGUCUCUCAUGCCAUACUCAGCCCAUCGACAUGGAUGUUUGACGGCUCCCAGUGGGCCGGCACUUGGCUCGCCCGGGCGACGGAUCACGCGCGCGGCAACCACGCUGGCAUCAUUCAGGCAAUGCAUGUGCCACCGACCUCGGAGCCAGUGCUUGGCGGUGAGCCGGCGGAGUCUGGUGCGCUGAUCGACACGACGGGCGUGGACAUCCGGCUACCGAUGCUGGUGUACGUUUCGCGCGAGAAGAGGCCCGGGUACGACCACAACAAGAAGGCCGGCGCCAUGAAUGCGCUGGUCAAGACAAGUGCCAUCAUGUCGAACGGGCCCUUCAUCCUCAACCUGGACUGCGACCACUACGUGCACAACUCGGUAGCGCUCCGCGAAGGGAUGUGCUACAUGCUCGACCGCCGCGGCGACCGCGUCUGCUACGUGCAGCUCCCGCAACGGUUCGAGGGCAUCGACCCCAACGACCGGUACGCCAACCACAACCUCGUCUUCUUCGAUGUCGCCAUGCGCGCCAUGGACGGGCUGCAGGGCCCCAUGUACGUCGGAGGCUGCAUCUUCCGCCGCACCGCUCUGUAUGGGUUCAGCCCGCCGCGCGCCACCAAGCACCACGGCUGGCUCGGCAGGAAGAUCAAGCUGUUCCUGAGGAAGCCCACCAUGGGGAAGAAGACGAGCAGGGAGCUGGUCAUGGCGAUUUUGCAAAAAUAACCCCGGAUCGAGUAGUAUUCACCCUAGGAUCGACUACGUGGCGGUCAAAGCCUA